AUGAUAAGCCAAUUAGUUGUUUUAAGGCACCCCAAAUUUUCUUUUUUGUAUUUUCCACAGGAUUAUUUUACAGACACAAAUAGAGAAUUGAAGAAGGAUCCCCAACAGGAUUACCAUCUAGGCUAUGCCAUGCAAAACAGUACGCACACCGUAAUUGAAUUUACCAGGGAACUACAUACUUGUGACAUCAAUGAUAAAAGCAUAACGGAAAGCACAGUGAGAGUAAUAUGGGCCUAUCACCAUGAAGACAUUGGUGAAUCGGGUCCUACAUAUCAUGGAUCCAAUCGGGGAACCAAAAGUCUGAAAUUGUUGAACCCAGAGAAAACCAACAUUUUGUCAACAGCCUUACCAUACUUUGACUUGAGAAAUAAAAACGUGCUGAUUCCAGAUAAAGGCACGACAUAUUGGUGCCAAAUGUUUAAGAUCCCGGUGUUUCAGGAAAAGCGCCAUGUGAUAAAGGUUGAACCAGUAAUACAGGAAGGGCAUGAGAGCCUAAUACACCACAUUCUUCUCUACCACUGCAGUAAUAACUUUAAUGAUAGCGUUUUGGAUUAUGGUCAUGAAUGUUAUCACCCCAACAUGCCAGAUGCUUUCCUGACUUGUGAAACUGUGAUCUUUGCUUGGGCUAUUGGUGGAGAGGGAUUUUCAUAUCCUCCUCAUGUUGGCUUGUCCCUGGGUACACCAUUAGACCCUAACUACGUGCUUCUGGAAGUUCAUUUUGAUAAUCCAACAUAUCAGGAAGGCUUGGUAGAUAACUCUGGACUGAGAUUCUUUCAUACCACCAUUUUGAGGAAAUAUGAUGCUGGGAUAAUUGAAGCAGGUCUCUGGGUCAGUCUCUUCCAUAAUAUCCCUCCAGGAAUGCCCGAGUUCAGAUCAGAGGGUCAUUGCACUCUGGAAUGCCUUGAAGAGGCCCUAGAGGCUGAAAAACCAAGUGGAAUUCAUGUAUUUGCUGUUCUUCUCCAUGCACAUCUCGCUGGCAGAGGUAUCAGGAUGCGCCAUUUCCGUAAAGGGGAGGAACUGAAGCUCCUUGCUUAUGAUGAUAACUUUGACUUCAAUUUCCAGGAGUUUCAGUAUCUAAAGGAAGAAAGAAUUAUCUUGCCGGGGGACAACUUAAUCACAGAAUGUCGCUAUAAUACUAAAGAUAGAGUGCGCAUGACCUGGGGUGGACUAAGUACCAGAAGUGAAAUGUGCCUCUCAUAUCUACUCUAUUACCCAAGAAUCAAUCUUACUCGAUGUGCAAGUAUCCCAGACAUAAUGGAACAGCUCCAGUUCAUUGGUGUUAAGGAGAUCUACAGGCCAGUCACGACUUGGCCUUUCAUUAUCAAGAGCCCUAAGCAAUAUAAAAAUUUAUCUUUCAUGGAUGCAAUGAACAAGUUUAAAUGGUCCAUAAAAGAUGGCACCUCCUUCAAUAAACUUGUUCUUGGACUGCCUGUGAAUGUGAGAUGCUCAAAGACAGACAAUGCAGAGUGGUCGAUUCAAGGAAUGACAGCAUUACCUCCAGAGGUUGAAAGACCAUAUAAAUCAGAGCCGUUUGUAUGUGGAUCUUCCUCAUCUUCCUCCUCCUCCACGUCUUCUUCCUCUACAUUAUCCUUAAAUUUUGUUCUCCAUGUGGCUGUUUUCUUUCUUAUCCUCAGUAAUACAGGAAGCAUCAGGCAUUUUGCAUAA